CUCAUGGGUUGUACGGGAAGCGGAAAGACCACAUUCAUCAACUGUGUUGCGAACGCCGGGCUGGAAGUAGGAUACGGGCCUCAAUCAUGCACAAGCAACAUACAGACUGCAUCGAUACGGCUCGGACACGCGAACAUCACGUUGAUUGACACCCCAGGCUUCGACCACACCGAGCUGCCCCAGGCAGAGAUACUAAAGUUAAUUGCUACUUUUUUGCGGAAAACAUAUUCCGGCGGCAAGAAACUCACUGGCGUCAUCUUUUUUCACCGUAUAUUUGAAAACCGAAUGCAGGCCGGCAUCAGCCUGCAGACCUUCCGCUUAUUCCACAAGCUCUGCGGCGACGACGCUAUGAAGAAUGUCACUAUCGUGACUACUAUGUGGGAUACCGUCGCUCCACAAACGGGCGAGGACAGGUUACGAGAGCUUCAGGAAAACUACUUCAAACCAGCCUGCGAUGGCGGCGCCUGCAUCGCGCGGCAUCACAACACACCCGAAUCUGCGGUCAGAAUUUUGUCGGCUUUGUUGCGACUCCCUAGCAAGGCGCUGCGUAUUCAGGACGAGUUGCACGAGGGCAAGACGAUCCCGCAGACGGACGCAGGUUACGAAUUCGACCAACAAUUGCAGCAGAAGUGUACGCAACAGCAGUGUGGAGUAAACAAAUUGAAGAAAGAGCUCGCAGAGCCAGAGCAGUCGCCGGAGACCAGUGCCCGGGUGGAUGGGUCAUCACGGAGAGGCCCAGAGGAGGGAGACGAGGCCACCGGGAGGCAUCGCCAGGAGGACGUAGAACGUUUGCGGGACGACCUCCAGACGCUCCGUCAGAAGCUACAGAAGACUGAAGCCGAGAGAGACAAGCUUCAACGGGACCUGAGUCAGCGUCACAGCUCUCAUCUUCAGAAUAUUUUGAAACACAUGAUGAACAUCAAUGCGCAGUCAUCGGAGAGUCCACUUCGAGAAGUCGUGAGUCUGGUCGCGUUGUGUAUUCUGUGUUGCUGCUCAACAACCUCACUAGCCUCACUGGCAGCCGGAUGGUCCACCGACUAG